CUGGCAAUAUAGCAUCGUACACUAACUGAUGGUAAAAUCGUCCACAUAAAAUUCACUGCGAGGACGAAAUUGCUAAUGACAAUGGGUCAGAUCGGAGGCGAAUAGUGUGUAUCCGUUAUCCUACCCAAUUAGCUCGAAUUUGGGUGGAUAUCGAUAAUUACUGAUAUUUUUGCCAUCCCUAACGAAAACGAAUUGUACAAGAUCGAUCCAUACUUGGCUACUGCCAUGGCGGAACAUAGCCUUGAAUGAGCCAACGUGGAAGAUCAGGUAAAUCAAUGCGGUCAAUUAAAUUUGAAGUACGACAAGAAACUCCCAUUUUACCAAUUGAUUUGGGACAAACAGAGACAGAAAUUGGGACCCGCUCGAUCGGCAUCCAAGUCUAAUGAGGAUACUGACGUCCCACCGGCGCCCGCCUUUGUGGGCGUUGACUUCACGUUAUGGGAAUGUGAAGGCCGGCCGUCCGACGAUGAGAUAUAGGACGACGAUCGGAUCGGAGCUGUCCCACAACAGACACUGUCGAUCAAGUUGGCUCCCGUAAGUCAUAUGAGCUGUGUGGUGUGUGAAGGAAAGGAAUUAGUGCAUGUUCUGUGAGCCAUCCAGCUCGCACAACAACAACAACAAAAAAUGAGGGAGGAAAACCAUGUACUAGUUAGUUAAUUCAUUGAGAAUAAGUGGUUGUUAUGUCAGUGAGAUGUAGACUGAUACAAUCGAGUCGAAUCAACAUUGGUAACAAAAUUGUUUAGAAUGUCCUUCGGUAUGAGUAGCAUGAUCGAAUUUUGACAUUCAAACAAAAUGAUGUCUGUUUGUUGAAUUUGAAAGUUCAAUGUUGAUAUUAUUUGUAUUAUUCAUGUAUGAAUGUUUAGAUGUUUAUGUUAUUUGUUGGAUUCAAAUAUCAACUUUAGAUGUUGGCCGACUUUCAAUGUUGUACUUAUAUAUGAGAAAUUUUUUGUUUUAUUUUGAAUGUUGCAAAAAAAACUUAAGUAUGAAUCUUGAUUUUGGAGAGAUUGUUUCCAAAUAUGUUUUUAUUUUCCCACUUUCCUACAUAUUUUGCUAAAAUCGGCAUGAAUUGAUUGUACCACUGAUAUAAUCACAGCACUUGUCAAACCGAUAUAUGAUGAUGAGACCAAAAUAGAGAGGGAGGGUUGUCCCUUUGCUUUGUUGACUCGAUAUAAACCGGUUUGACAUCGUAGUAAAGAAAAACAUGGCAGUGCUACUGCCACCUAAAACGUGAGAGACGGACGUGAUGCAUUACAAUUAUCGGCAGCCAUAUUAUCAUUAUUAUUAGUUUUAAUUAUGGUUUAGGAAUCGUUUUAAUUAUUAAAGUGUUUAAAGUAGUUUCUUUAAUAUUAAGUUACCGUAUCCUUGUAUAAUUGGUAAGUUAUUAGGUUUUCCGGUUCUCCUAUAAAUAUGUACUUGGUUUCUACAUUUUACGGAGUCAAUAAAGAAUAAAAACCCUAAUCUCUGUCUCUUUAAUUUCUAGUUCUUACGAUUAUGCGAUGGGUGAAACAAUCAUUAUCAGGGCGGUGGUCGAGUUUUUAUUUACUUCUCCGGAAUUCCUUUCCUUGCUCCAUGGAUCUCUUUCUCCAUUGAUGAUUUGAUGUGUGUAUUAAAUUAUUGGAUGGUUGGAAGGUUUAAUAUUGUUGUAUUAUUAAUGGGAUGGACUCGACAUUAUUAUUAAUAUUCAUAGACACAUAAUCAUAAAAGGGAUAUGGGAACUAGAGGUGGCAAAUGGAUUGGAUUGGUGGAUUGGAUUGGUGGAUCCAUGGAUCAAAUGGAUUGGAUCUAAUGGAUUGGUGGAUUCAUGGAUUGGUGGAUUUUCCAAUGAUAUUUUUAGUAUAAAAAAUUAAAUUUUAGGUACCAGAAUGUAAAAAAUAAAAAUUAUAGGUACUAAACCAUAAUUUAUCAAUGAUCCAUGGAUCCAAUCCAAUUGGAUUUGGAUAAAAUGGAUUGGAUUUAAAUGGAUUGGAUUAGGUGGAUAUUUUUAAUGGAUUGAUGAAUUAGAUUGGUGGAUUGGAUUGAAAUUGCCACCUCUAAUGGGAAUAGAUAAAGGUAGUUAUGAUAAAUGGUCACAAAACUAUUCAUGUUGUACAAAACGGUCAUAAUUUUUUAAUUUUGCCCGUAUCAGUAACAUAUAUUUGGACUAAUAACAAAACGGUGAUUCCGUCCAUUUCCAACCAAAAUUCUAUUAGUUUGGUCCAAUCAACUGUCCCGUCAACAUCCACAUCAUCAAAAUAAUUAAUAAAAAAAUAAAAUAAAAACCAAUUAAACCCUAACCAACCCACCACCCCAAUCUAACCCAACCCAUUCCUUCUAUCUCCUCUCCCUCUCCGCCACAUCUCCGCACAGCUGAGAAGAUCAACGACGCCGCCACCAGACAUUACUCUGUUGAACUCCUCCGAAUUGAGCGGCCCAUUGUUGUCUGACUCGGCCGGGCGGCGGACCAAGCAGAUGGUGGAGAGAGGGGAUCUAAACUCCACCCGAACCACAGGAUCGGAAUCAAAUAUACUCAAUGAAAGCAACCACAAUCAAGCAAGUGACGAUAGCGAUUCCCUUUCCUUCUUUACUCCUCUGCCUUCUGUUUCCCCCGGCUAGGGUUUUCGAACCGCAACAAAGGAAAGACAAUGAUUCCCAAGUUCUACGUUUCUUUCUACCUUGUACGCGAUCCAAAACAAAUUUGCAUGCAACACUUUCCCUAUGUGUUAGCCGUAAAACUUUCUCGUGGUAGUUCUCUGGUGCGUUUGGGGGAUCUGAGAUAGAGAGAGGGGGCAAAUGGCGAUUGAUGGAUUAGGUGGAGGGGAUGGAGUAGUGGUUGUUUGUCCUCAAUAGUACAAUACUCUCUCUCUCUCUCUCUCUCUCUCUGCAUGCUCUCUCUGUUCUUCAGUUUGCAGGGGAAGGAAAUUGAGAAAGUGGUUGAUCUUUCUUAGCUAUGCGGAGAUGGUGGGUGGUGGAAGAGUGGGAGAGGAGAUAGAGAGGAAUGGGUUGAGUUGGAUUGGAGUGGUGGGUUGGCUACGGUUUAAUUGGUUUUAUUUUAUUUUUUAUUAAUUAUUUUGAUGAUGUGGAUGCUGACUGGACCAAACUAACAGAAUUUCGGAUGAAAUUACCUUUAUGUUAUUAGUCCAAACAUAUGUUACUGAAACGUGCAAAAUUGAAGAUUGUGAAUAGUUUUGUUACCAUUUAUGAUAACUGCCCAAUAGAUAAAUAUAAACAAUGGGGAAAAUCGAGAAAGAGUUGAGAAUUUUUUUUUUAUAUAUCACUAUGUUAUGUUGGUCAUGGUCGAAAAUAAAGCUAGAUGAUAAUUCUUAGUUGUAGUGCUAAAUGAAAUGAUUGAUUUGAAUUGUGAUAACUAACCUUAUCAACUAUUCUAAUUUCAAAAAAUUUACAAAAUUUACAUGUAAUAUCUUCUUGCGUGUAUUUUGUCACGAAUUUACCACCCUCAAUUCACCAUAAAUUUCACAACUUUGGGAAAUGAGAAGCAUACAUUUUAACUGCUGAAAAAGAAAGAAAAUUCAUUCCCACCAUCAUAAUGGUUUAAGAAUCACAGCGACCCGUAAAGUUACCCGCCAAACGAAAGCAGCUGCGACGAUUUUGAAACUGAGAAAAGGGAAACCGCGCAUUCCGUCUCGUUUCCGUUUGUCUCCCGAGAAAACAGAAACUUUCUCACCCACUUUUUCUCGGGAAAAUUUUCGUGUUAAAUUUCCAGAGAGUAAAAGUGACGAAGAAAGGAAAGAGAAAGGAUUGAAAGGGAAAAUUUUCCAUAACUGCCACCACAUGACAUGACUGAUGUAGUGGUGGUAGUGGCCACUUCUUAUGCUGCCUCACAGUCACAGUUUUGCUUAUUUCUCCUUCUCCUUCUUCUUCUUCUUCUUCUUCUUCCCUCUCCUUUCCUUUUCGCCGGCCCACUCAAUCCGCCAUGGCUAAACCUGAGCUCGAGGGGAGAAAACUGAAAAGCAAAAGCUGAAUAAAAUUUUAAAAAGGAGAGAGCCCUUUUUUUUCCUAACCUUUUCAUGUCCUUUUGUCUCUUGGCCUUUUCUCCACCCAAAGCAAAACAAUUCUCUAUUCACUAUUCUAUUCUGUAGUAGAGUUGGUUUUGAAAAGAGUUUAAGAACACAACAAAUUAGUCCCCUGGGGGAAAGAUCCAAAAGAACGAAAAACGCCCAUUUGCCUCCCGAACGUUAUUCUUCUCGUCUCUUAUCUGUUUCGAUUUUUGGAGAACUGGGAUAAGCCGUGCUGGGGAGGUCGAGCGUAUCUCUCCCUAUCCGCCAUUGUCGUCUCCAUGUGAUCUGUUUCUAGUACAGAAGGGAGAAACAGACAAUGAAGCAGAAGGCCAAGCAGCAAUUGCUUCUUCUUCUUCGCUCUCUGGUGGCUGCUCACUUACCCAUUUGGAUUUUCCUCUCGUUCGACUCAGCUCACGCCGGUCCCGACGUUCUUCUUCCUUCACCACUUGUUGUUGCUCAUUCUCCUGCUUCGCAGCCUGCUGCUCCCAACGUUUCUACUCCCAUGGCUGCCUUCUCUCCAGGCAGUCAAUUGCAACUGGGAGUUGAAGCAGGGCACCACAAACACAUGGAACUGGAUAAGAAAACGCACAUCAUACUUGCUGUUGCUUGCGUUAUCAUGGCCGUGAUAAUCUUUCUCUUCGUAUCUGCUGGUUGCCUUUGCUACUGGAAAGUUCUUCCGAAGAGGAAGAAGUCCCCAAAUCCAGAUGCGGAGAAAGGGGUCUUGUUCAGCAAAUUCCGUGCCUUGAGGAUGCCUAGCAACAGGGGAUGCGUUCCAUUGAUUGAAUACAAGACACUGGAGAAAGGCACACAAAAUUUUGUGGAGGAGAAUUUGUUGGGCAGGGGCGCAUUUGGGCUUGUUUACAAAGCCACCAUGGAUGAUAACUCUGCAGUCGCGGUGAAGAAACUGGACUGUGCAACUGAAGAUGCAAAAAGAGAGUUUCAGAAUGAGGUGGACUUGUUGAGCAGAUUUCAGCACCCAAACAUAAUUUCUUUAGUGGGUUACGGCGUUCAUGAGGGUUCGGGAUUCAUUGUGUAUGAGUUGAUGCCUAAUGGGUCACUUGAAGAUCUUUUGCAUGGACCUUCCCGAGGGUCUAAAUUAACUUGGCAUAUGCGGCUGAAAAUUGCUCUGGAUACAGCAAGAGGAUUAGAGUAUUUGCAUGAAUACUGCAAGCCAGUAGUGAUCCACAGAGAUCUGAAAUCAUCCAAUAUCCUCUUGGAUUCCAAUUUCCACGCUAAGCUUUCAGAUUUUGGUUUAGCAGUGGCUGAUACCACCCGUAAUAAGAACAAGCUUAAACUUUCCGGCACUGUGGGCUAUGUUGCGCCCGAGUACAUGCUAGAUGGGGAGUUGACGGAGAAGAGUGAUGUAUAUGCGUUUGGAGUAGUGCUAUUAGAGCUUCUACUGGGAAGAAGGCCGGUGGAGAAACUGGCACCAGCUCAUUGCCAAUCCAUUGUCACAUGGGCCAUGCCUCAGCUAACUAACAGGGACAUGCUCCCAAACAUUGUGGAUCCUGUGAUUAAAGACACCAUUGAUGAGAAGUACCUAUUCCAGGUUGCAGCUGUUGCUGUGCUAUGUGUGCAACCAGAACCUUCAUACCGGCCUCUGAUAACCGACGUGGUGCAUUCCUUGAUUCCCCUGCUUCCACUUGAACUGGGAGGGACGCUUAGGACCACUCAGCCUGCAGUGACAUGCUGAUGAUAAUAAACUGAACUGAGUUUC